CAAUGUAUUUUCGCUACACGUUACUGGACAUAAAAUACCUAGGGAGAAAACAAACAAGGUUGUAAGAUACACGUAUCCGCUCAUAAUCAACGAACAGAAUGGAUGACAAAAAUGUUUUGAUCAAUACUUUUGAUUUGAUAUGCAUAUUUUUAAACUUUAUUCUGUACAAACUGAAGAAAUUUAUUCUAAAUAGAAAUAAAAAGGUCGUGUUUAUUUGUCUGAUAGCACCCUAUAUCAUGAUCAUAAGCAAUGCCACUGUUAGUGUUCUUGGACAUGUAUUCGCCGAUUUCACCAUUAAAUUAAAUGCUAGUAUUCUCCACCGUGAGCCUGACACAACGAUUAUUUAUGACAGACGGCCCCACCCUUUAACAAAUGGUACAGUAGCGCCUUAUUUUUUGGAAAAUCAAACACGUUACGUCGGUGAAGAUGCAAGAUUUGAUUGUGAACAGAUUAUCUGGGGAUUAAACACAUCAAAACCUCACAUCAAUCAAGUGAUCUGGCAUAAAGAUGGCAAGUUUCUAAAUCCUGAUGAAAGACACUCAAUAUCCUGGACUUUCCGAACGACUGGACAAAGCCAAAUUCUGCCUGAUUUACAGUCUUUUAAAGUAAAAAGUACCUUAAAAAUAACGAUGAUAGAUGAAAGCGAUUUCGGAAUAUACAAUUGUCAUGUUUCUGAAAGAACACACACCAUUCUUCCAAAAAAGACAAAUAAAACAAAAGCCCCCACUCAACAAAAAUUACAAAGGCAACAAAGGAAAUGCACGUGUAACAAUUCCCCGACGGAAAAAGAGAAGGACUUAAGUCAAGAGGAAAUCGAGUCAUUGUUCUAUUUAUGGAAUAAGUUCGUUUGGAAUUCUGAAUUCCGUCUAAUUAAGGACAUGCCCCGCGUUGAAACCGUCUUUGUAGCCCCUGGUACGGUAUUUUCCGUUGGCGCAUAUUUUAGACACUUGGGAAACAACGAAGAUUUCACGCUGUAUUAUACUGUAAAUGGUAAAGAACCUGUUGUCCAGGAAUCAAGAUGUUCAAUAUUUGUUUUGUUAUAUAAUGCACUUUCCAGGGGAAGAAUUUUUGAUACAUUUCGUUUACUUGCAUACCCACCCAGAUUAUUAGAAAGCGGGGUACGCAGUGGAGAAAUUUCACGGAAAACUACGUUUUCGCGAUUACAACACUGUGUUACGCCCAAAUCGUACGGCAUUUAUGACAUGGUUAUACUGAGAAAGGUAUUCAACGAACGAGAUAAAACUUACGAUAUUCACGAAUUUAAUCAUCCGCUCAAGAUAGAUGUCAAACCUAAAGAAUCUGAUCUAUUUGUGUUCGCGGAUGAUUCUGGUACGGACACAACUGAAGACACAACAAAUGACUUUGAUGUUGAUUGUUGGAACAUGGGGACGGUUUCACAGUCCUUAAGCUGCAGGUUAAUAAAACGACUGGUUAAUCAAAUUGCAAGGGAUUUACAUUUCCGUGACGUCGCGUAUUUUAUCUUCACCGUCUUGUUUUUGUUUUUUUAUAUUUACGUUCUAUACAAAUCUGGAAUGUAUUUAGUAAACUGUAUAAUGAUUUUUUCAUGGCCAGAUAUUCCUAUAAGAAUGCUUGCAGGGAUACCAAACAAAUAUGAAGUCGACAUAAAAUACCACGUGUUUAUUUCGUAUUGUGAUAAUGAUGAACAACGUGCUCACAACCUUACUGAUGCCCUGGAAGAAGAGGGUCUGAAGGUGUUUUUGCGAUCUCGGGACAUAUCACCAGGAAGACCUAGAUUAUCAGACACAGGCAAAGCAAUAUGUCAAAGUGCUGUGGUAUUUGUUAUAGCCAGCGUCGAAUACGUUGAUAACUGCGAUUUGAUUGAAUUAGAAAUAAAUAUGAUUUUACAGAAGACAAAGAAAAAAACCCUUUUUGUAAUAAAAGUAGAUGAUUGUGGGGUCGCAAAUAUCUUUAGAGAUCAGUAUAGGACGAUUGAUCUAAAAGAUGAUAGCAUUAAUGGGUGGGCUAAACAAAUGGCGACAUGGCUGAAUAAUAUGAACCAUGCUUCGCGAGUGAAUAAUAAAUUUAAGACCGGCUGCUUGUUAUACUUGACUGUGAUAUUAUAUAGUAGUUAUCAUCUUGUAAAAAAUAUACUCCGUUCUACGUGUCUAGCUCAUAAAUAUUGCAAUUAAAGGACAAUAUUGGGGUCAGUCAUUAUAAAAUAUGUGAUAGAACUGGUUAAAUCCAUCCCAAAUAUAAUUUUAACACAGAGAUCAUUGCUACGGGAGAUGUGUAACAAGCACGUGAAGAAACGGGAAGUGACGACAAACAUGACAAAUAUGAGUUAUCCUACUAUAUAACUGAUUGAAGCAACGAGCGAUAAC